AUGAGAAGGUUCUUCUUCUUCGGGUCCCCCACGCCGAAGGACGGGAACGGCGACGGGGCGCCAGGUGACGACGGCCAGAGCAAGAACAGGAGUAAGAAGGCGCUGGAGGAAGGUGAGGGUAGUUGCAACUCUACCUCCAGGUCCCAUGACCACGGCGCAAGGAUGUCUAGAUCGAGAAGCCGCCGCGGAAGGCUGAGCAACGAGGAGCCAGCCAAUCCGAAGCAGCUCCGGAGGUGCAUGUCGUUCUCAUCCGCGGCUGCGAACAAUGGCCUGAAGGAACGGAGCUUUAGCUUCUCGGGUGAUGUCCCCAGUUCUUUCUAUGACGAAUCUGAUGCGCCUCAUCACACCGAAGAUGUCAAUCACUAUGCCUGCUCACCAGAAAGGCAUCCGGUCUUAAGAGAAUCCUCAAUAAAGGUUCCAAAACCAUGUUCAGUCCUGGAAACUGAUUCUCCUCGUUCAAGAUGCUAUUCGUGCUCAACAGGGCAUUCUCCUCCCACCUCCCCUGUUGCCCUGCGAUGCAGGUCUACGAGGCUAGGCAGUUUAUUGAACAAGAAUGAAGUGCUAGACCGAUACAUUGAUGGAGAGCAGGAAGCUGCCAUCCAAAAUGAGAAGCUGAGGCAGAACUCUCCCACUAGAUCUGUGGUUUCGAAUUCAAGACGCCCGCCUCGACCCCAUUAUACAAUGCCAUCUUUGCAAAAAUCCAUGAAAGAGAACGUUGAGACCUACCCAAAUGUGGAUGCGAAGGAUGCCUAUGGAAGUAAAAACCAUGCAAGUGUUCUGGAUGAUUUUGGGAGGUUUCCACAUUUAGAAGAUUACAGAUCAGAAAGUAUUCCAUCUGUUGAAGAUAUCUAUGAGGAUUUCCAAGAUAUGCAACCUUCAAAAGUUAUUCAUGAUGCUCCGCAAUAUUUUCAUGAUCGUGACUUGGAUUUCGCCCCAGAAGGGCAAGAAACUGAUGAUAAGUUGCUUCAAAGGGCAAAAGAAGUUGAAGAGAGGUUUAUAACUCCUUCUGGAGACAAUCAUCAGCUUAACAUGUCCAGAUAUAAGCGAUUAAGCUCAAAUGAAAUGUUCCAGUUGAUUCAGUGUUUGACUGAAGACAGGAAACAGCUAGCAGAUGAAUUGUCUUCACAGAUUAAGGCACGCCUUGCAGAAAGGUUUAAUGCCAAAGACAAGUACAAACAAUCAGUGAAAGAACUUGAGAUCAGAACUCGAAGGAUGGAGAAGGAGAAGACUGAAGUACAGAGUACUUUGGAGAGAGAGAUUGACAGAAGGUCAAACGAUUGGUCAGCCAGGCUGUUGAGAUUUCAAUCUGAAGAAGAGAGACUGCGUGAACGGGUGAGAGAACUUGCUGAGAAAAAUGUCUCAUUUCAGAGAGAACUCACUUCUCUUGAAGCAUACAAAGUUGAUGCAUCUGAUAAGGUUGCAAGUUUGGAAAUGCAGAACAUAAAACUAACUGAUGAGCUAGAGAAAGUGAAAAAUGAGCACAACAAUCUGCACAAUUCUUCAAUAGAGUUGCAUGCUCAAUUUUCUAAGGCUGCAGAGGAGAAGGAACAUAUCAGGGGAUUCUUGAAAGAUAAGGAGGGUGAUAACAGGGCAUUGCACCAAGUGGUUGCAAGGCUACAGACAAUGUGCAAUGAACAAGAAAAAACAAUUGCUGGCUUGAGACAGGGAUUCAGUGCUGAAUUGGACAAGGAAUCUGUUCGGUCCAGCAGCGACAGAAAGAAUAGGAUGCAGAUGGAACUUAUCAGAUUGUCAGGAGUGGAGCAGAAGUUGAGAGGUGAAGUUCAAUCUUGUCGUCUUGAAGUAGAAUCUCUUAGGCAAGAGAACAUUGCACUCUUAAAUCGUCUACAAAGCACUGAUAAUGGAUCAAGCUUUUCCUCAAUUCGUCUUGACCAGGAGCUUCAGGCCAAAGUGGACAACUUGCAGACACAAGGCUUGUCGUUGCUUGAUAAGAGUAGCCAACUUUGCACCAAAUUGUUGGACCAUGUGAAAUGCAGGAGGCAUGAAAGUGAACAUGACAGAGAUAUUGAUGCAUUAGAUUACACACUGGAGCUUCAGAGCAUCAAAGGAGGAAUCGUGAAUCUGAAACGAAGCUUGUGGGCAACCAGUGCUGUGCUCGCUGAAAAGCAGAAUUUGAAAGAAAAAUCUGGAGAGACUGCGGUUGGAGGUAGUCCUCUCAUGGAGCAGGCGGAUGAGGUUAAUUUUGAAUUCAAGCUGAAAGAAGAGGCUCUUCUGAAUAGAGUACUGAAGGAGGCACUUUUGUCAAAGGAACUUGACAUUGGACAGUUGCGGUCGGAUGUGGCAUCUUUGCUUCGUAUCCAAGAUGUCAUGAGGAAUGAGGUCCAGAGAGUCCAAGAUGAACUAUCCUGCAUCACCCACAAGGCUAAACAUUUGGAGCUUCAGGGUUCAAAGAAAGACGAGUCCAUCGACCAGAUCCAGCAGGAUUUCCAAGAAUCUGCCAAGGAGCUAAGCGCGCUCAGAGGACAGCUGAAAAUCGUGACCGACGAAAGGGACCUGUCGUGGCAGGAAGCGAAGCAGCUCCGCAAAACCACCAGCAUGAUGCAGAACGAGGUCGCGUCGCUGAAGAAGAAGAUCGAGUCCCUCGAAGAAGACAUCCUUGUCAAGGAGGGGCAGAUCUCGAUCCUACAGGACAACGUCUACAAGCCGCCGCUCGACUUCAUCUGCAGCCCCAGGACGAUGAAGCAGUUUGGCAUGGAGUUCGAAAAAAAGAUAAUGUGGUUUUGUUUGUUUUGCAACCGAAGUUUGCUGUAUCUUUUGUAA